AUGGUGUGCAAGCCGUGGGACAAGCACUUGGAACAGCAAGUGCAGAAAUGGAUAGACCAAACUCCAUUGGUGAAUACCUGGGCUACAUUGAUCAAUUCUUAUUGGCCCUUGUUGGUGACGGCUGGCACUGGGAUUGUGAUGAGCUAUGUUUACAUCACUCUCCUGCGCUUUCGAGCAGAGAUGCUGGUGCAAACGGGCAUGAUCAUCUUGGUGCUGGUGCCACUGGCCACGGGUGUCUACUUCCUUUGGUGUUGGAAGAGCCACGGUCAGUGCUGGGGAAGCACCGGUGAUAGGCUCUCAGAUGGACUGACGGCGCUGGGCGGGGUCCUCGUGGGACUCACCUUCAUGAGCAUCUCCUGGCAUUUGGAGACACUUGGGCAAGACAUUGACCUGGCCAUUGAUUGCAUCGAAUGGUCCUGCAAGGCAGUGCUGGAGACUCCUUCGCUGAAGUUAGAGCCCUUGCUGGCACUCGCUUUUCGCUGCCUGGUGGAUCUCUUUGCUGCCAGCGUGGUCGCGCUGAUCCUCACCUCCGACCUGGAGAGCUCGCCCGGUCCAGCCGACGCGGAGAACGACGAGGUCCGCCACCGGGAAUAUCGCUGGAUCAUCCCGCCUCAGUCCCUGCUGCAGAUCGGCCAGAUGCUCACCAUCGGAUAUCACUUUGGCACCAUGGUCGUGGGUGGAUUGGUGGUGGGCGCUGCUCAGCCCUUUCGGCUCUUCUUUGCUGUGUUGAGUACGCUGAUCAAGUUUGACCGGAGAGCCGUUGGAAUCAUCAGCCUGUUUUGUGACUGUGUCGUGCAGGUCUACAUGGACUAUUUGGAGCCCUGGUGCCGCAAUGCGUACAUGGAUGUGGCACUGAACUCUUACUCCUUUGUUCAAUCAGCACUGCACGUCUCAUGGGUCAACAACGGGGAUUUCGUUGACACGGUCCAUGUCUUGAAUGGUGCCACCUGGCUUUUUCAGCUGGCAGGUGUGAUUCUCAAAUACUAUCCUGGCUUUGAAGAUCCCUAUAGCCCGGCCUAUGUGCAAAACCCGUUCUUGCUGUCGAUCUGUGGCUCUGCAGUUGCUUUCAUCACAGCCUUUCCAUUUAUGAUGAUUUUUGACACGGUGUCUGACACCAUCCUCUAUGUGUAUCUAGUGCAGAAGAUGCGAGAGGAGAGGGAGGAAACACCCACCAUCUACACCAAAGCCUGGAGCUUGGCCGAAUUUGUGGAUGACUUUAUCGGAUUGCAUUGCUUGGACCAUGAUAAGAAGGAGCGAAACUCUAGACGCUUGUGGGUGAAUGAAACGAAAUCCAUGCUGUCGUUGAUGGUGUACAGGGACUAUUCCAUGCCGACCUUCUUGGACGAUGUCGAGGAGCGGCGAAAGCAACGGCUUGAAGAGCGCCAAGGGCGAAAUCGCUCGACCGAGAGCACGAAAUUGAAGGAGGAAGAGGCCGUAGAUCAAGCCGAGAACAAGGGCUAUGAUGAGUCCUCGGACACGGAGGGUUCCAGCGACCGGAACGAGCCUGAUCCCAAGCCGGUGCAGCGCAGUGCGCCGAAGAGGAAUCUCAAGGAUCCGUUGGAUCUCGGAGAGAUCCCCUCCACGGUGCCCAGGCACUGCACAGACCUAACUUGGUUAUUGAUGUACUUGAUCUUCUCCACGGUGGCAGUGUACAUUGCUGUUUGGGUUUGGCCACUUGGGCAGCCCACCGCUUUGCUGAAGUUGGCCGACUGGCAAGGGGUCCAUUGCGGCCUGAGCCGGAACCGAGGGAAACCGCUGCUCUACUUCUGCCCGCGCCAUGAGGGCUCGACGAAUUUACAGAUGUGGUAUCCGAUUUGUGUUUCGACCUGCCCUCAGGGCGAGAAGCUGCUGUGCCCCAAAAAUCUCAGACACACAACAACCACCAGCACUACCACACAGCUGACGACCACCACAACAGAGGACUUCUAUCACGCCAUCCAAGACUCCAAGAAUGGAGGCUUGCCUUACCCACCAUAUCCAAUGACAGGUGCAUACUCACAAUAUCCGCCGCGGCAGUCCUUCCAGUAUCCCUACUAUCGGCCCUCCUCGAACUAUGCUCCGGUCAUCUACCCGCGAGCUCACGCCUCUGGUCCGCCAGAGGACUGGGGAAGCCCCGAAAUGAAUUACGCCCUACCUCCAGCAGCGAAGUCAGAAUAUCCAUGGUCGAUGAGCCCGCGACGGCUGGGUCAGAGCGUGAACAACGACGUGGUGCACAGCGACUGGCGGGGCAACUUCACGCUUCACAUCCUGAGCGCCUUUCGUGGACAUGGUGUGCAAACCUUGGGUGACGGAGCUCGAAGAGCAAGUCCGGGACUGGAUCGCUCCUCGGCCGCAGAGUCGGAGCGAACUCUCGUAGAACCAGAUGAGACUCCAUUGGUAAAUACCUGGGCAACAUUGAUCAACUCGUAUUGGCCAUUACUGGUGGCAGCUGGCACUGGAGUGGUGAUGAGCUAUGUCUACAUCACACUUCUGCGCUUCAGAGCUGCGAUGCUCGUGCAGCUUGGGAUGGUGAUGCUCUUCCUGGGGCCGCUGACGACAGGCGACGAUCAGAGUCGCAUCGUCCGCAUCGUCACUGCUUUCGGAUUGGACCAAAUCUGA